AGAUCUCAGCGCUCCUGUUCUCUCCUUUGUACGUGGAGCUGCAAUGUCUCCUCCACCACCUGAUACAGAAGGUACACCCACCGAGGGGUUAAAUAGCUUCUCUGGAAGGAGGCUUUGAAAGUGUGCAAGGAGGGAAUCAAACUGAACUGGGGAGGAGGAGGAGAAGGAGGAUCCCUGUGCAGAACACGCCUUGGCAGUAAAUGCAGCUCUCUGUUAUCGAACGCAACAAGAGCAUCAGAAGGCACGGGCUGGUUUGCAGCGAGCUGUGGUGUGCCAAAAGUGACCUCAAGUGGUCAAGCCUCAGCCUUGACCUCAGCCUGUGCCACACGGUUUGUCUCUGGGCAGAGAGGAACUGCGAUGGCAUGCAGGCGCUAGUGGAGUCCUGAGUCCCGGGGUGUGUGGCACUGGGACUGGGACUCUGCCCUCCUACUUUGAUCUUUCCAAAUCAGCCAGGUAGGAGGCAAAGGGAGAUGCAGCUUGGGAAAUGAGCGUCGCUAAGGAGGAAAGCCAGUGUCAGACGGCAGCUCGGAUUGUCACCGACCUUUGCCGUAAGAAGAGCCUGCCCCAGUUGGACUUGGACACCUGCAAGGAGUUCCUCCUCUUUCAAGACCUGAGCAGCCCUGAGCCAGAGCUCUCCAUCAGCCUCCUUGCUGUGAUAGUUAUUGUAUGUGGACUGGCCCUGGUGGCAGUUUUUCUCUUUCUCUUUUGGAAGCUGUGCUGGGUGCCCUGGAGGAACAAGGCCAUUUCGACUAACACCCCCGCCUCCCAGAACUCAGCGGAACACGACAAAGAGAACAUGGCUGACAAGCUAAAGGACACAGGGACUCUGGGCUUCUUGGAGGCAGCUGUGAAAAUCAGUCACACAUCACCGGAUAUUCCCGCAGAAGUCCAGAUGUCCAUGAAGGAUCACCUUAUGAGACGCACACGGAUGCAGAGGCAGACAACAGAGCCUGCAUCGUCCACCAGGCACAUUUCCUUCAAGAGGCACCUGCCCAGGCAGAUGCAUGUUUCCAGUGUGGACUAUGGUACAGAACUACCACUUGCAGCAGAGCAGCCAACUUGCAUCGGCCGGAUCAAGCCUGAGCUGUACAAGCAGAAAUCCGUGGACUCUGAGGACCCUAAAAAAGAGGCAGAAAAAAACUGUGGGAAAAUAAAUUUCGCUUUGAAAUAUGACUAUGAGAACGAGACCCUGAUUGUGCGGAUUCUCAAGGCCUUUGAUUUGCCUGCCAAGGACCUCUGUGGCAGUUCCGACCCCUACGUCAAGAUCUACCUCUUGCCUGACAGGAAGUGCAAGUUCCAAACCCGUGUGCACAGGAAAACGCUCAACCCCACCUUUGACGAGAGCUUUCAGUUUCCUGUGCCCUAUGAGGAGCUGACCAAUAGGAAGCUUCAUCUUAGCGUCUUUGACUUUGACAGGUUUUCUCGGCAUGACAUGAUUGGUGAGGUGAUCUUGGAGAACCUCUUUGAGGCUUCGGAUCUUUCUCGGGAGACCUCCAUCUGGAAGGAUAUUCAAUAUGCCACAACGGAAAGCGUGGACCUGGGGGAGAUCAUGUUUUCCCUUUGUUAUCUGCCAACUGCAGGUCGCCUCACUUUAACAGUCAUUAAAUGCAGGAAUCUCAAAGCGAUGGACAUAACUGGUUACUCAGAUCCUUACGUCAAGGUGUCCUUGCUCUGUGAUGGAAGGAGGCUAAAGAAGAAGAAAACCACCAUUAAAAGAAACACACUUAAUCCUAACUACAAUGAGGCAAUAAUCUUUGAUAUCCCUCCAGAGAACAUGGACCAAGUCAGCCUGCUUAUCUCUGUUAUGGAUUACGACCGAGUCGGCCAUAAUGAGAUUAUUGGGGUUUGCCGUGUAGCAAACAAUGCUGAGGGACUAGGCCGAGACCACUGGAACGAAAUGCUGGCUUACCCACGGAAACCAAUUGCACACUGGCACCCACUAGUAGAGGUGAAGAAAUCCUUCAAGGAGCAAAAUCCAGCACCUGGAUUGAGUGCUCCCAAGGCAGUGAUCCCUGUAGCAGAGUCAUCCCACUCCUUUUCUCCUGUGAUGCUGUCUCACUCCAAAUAUUCCAAGUGGCAUGGCCGAGCAGCCAGCUUUGACAGCCAGGGCUCCUGUCCCUCCCCCAAACCGCCUCCAACACCAUGAUGCAUCGAGUGGUGAAUUCAAUGGGACUCGACCAAGUUCUUUUUCGAUUCAUUUCCGUUUGAUUCUUUGCCACUUGUCUGGAAUUCCACAGCAAUUCUAUGGCUGAAUGGAAGAAGAAGUGGACGUUAGACAGUGAAGGCACUUGUUCCCACAAUGACAAAGGCAGCAAAACUGUUCUGUGGUCAUAUUUGUCUUAGUUAUUUAUGUCUCUCAAGGUGAUGUUCUGUGUGGUUUUCACUUUUUGGACAUGGCUGCCUGGGAUGGGGGAAAAGUUGGAGCAGUGUGACAUAGGCCGGAACACUGGCCUGUAAAAUAACCUGUAAAAUAGAUAUUUGUGCGUGUCUGGAGGUGGACAAAUAGUAGAGAAGCACUGACAUUCUGCAGAUAACCAUGCAGAUUUAAGAAAAGAAAUUGGAGGGGGAUGAGACUGACAAGUGAAAAGGCCUUGAUUAGACUCCUCGUGACAUGUGAACAACCCUUGUUAUUGUGAUCAGCGAUACAUUACAAAAAAAUUCUUACUCAUACUGUGAUGUUCAUGGAGUCUGUGCUGUGUGUAACCCAGCCUGCCCUUUGAUGUGUUUUACAGAGUUACGAAUUCCUCAGGGAAAAAAAUAACACUUUUUCUGUAUUUAUGUUCUCUGGAGAACCUUUUGCAUGAGCUCAGUUGCUUAAGGUGCAGCUCAUUCUUGCUGCAGUUUAGAGCUGGCCCCAGCUUUGCAAUUUUUAACAAAAUCUCUAUCUCUUCCCCUCUCUCUUUUUUUUAAAGAUCUAUUUAGAUCUAUUUCACACCCAUAUUUCUUCUUCUUGAGAGUAGUGAAAACAGCUAUAUUUGUUGAGAGUCUGUGAUUUGCAAAACUAUUUUGUCUAGCAGGUUUUUCUAGAAGCAUUUUGAUUUUGUCUGUCAUAUACAGUACUUAAAAAAGAUGAAUCAUUUGCCAAAAUUACUGAAAGCUGCAACAUUUUGAGUAUUUUUAAAAUUAACUUAUUGCUUGAAUUUGGGGGAUGGGGGGAAAUCCCCUGUUGGGGGAAAUGUUGAAAGUUGUUACGUAUUUUCUGACAAUGUUUCAAAAAUAAAUAGUUCCUUCCAGUGCUAAUUCCUUUAUUUGUAAAAUCACAAGAUUGUGUCAUGUAACACUAAUCUUGGGCUGAUGUGGAGGGUGCUAAUAAUGGCAUGUCUACAUUGAAGGCAAUCUCAAUCCAGUGUCAUUUUGACUUGCAUAGCUUAUAAAGUGUUUGCCUUUGACAGUUUUCUCCUCUUCUGCUACUUCCUCUAGUUCUUGCGUUCUUAUUUCUUAUUGUCCACAUGCAGUAUCCAUAUAGAUUAUUGAAGACUAACAUGGGCAUCUCUGGGAACUUCCUUGUCCUCCUCCUCAAUUGCCUUUUUAUAUUCUGGGGCCAUAGCUCAGAGGUAGAGCAUCUCUCUUGCAUGCAGAAGGUCCCAGACUCAAUCGCAGGCAUCUCCAGAUAAGGCGGGGAAUGUCCCUGGAGAGCCAGUGCCAGUCAGCUGCCAGUUCUGAACUAGAAGAAUGAUUGGUCUGACUCAGUAUAAGUCAGCUUCCUAUGUUUCCAUUUCUCAGGAGACCUGCAGACCUGCAUAGUCCUUCCCAUAGUCCAACAGCAUGAUUGCAAGAAGUGUUAGCAAGUGCUUUUUUCAGCCCAAAUACUGAAAGUCGGAUGAUAUUCAAUCUACUUCAGCAAAAGACUGGCACAUUCGUUACCUUCAACGUCAUGAGAACCUCUGAGGCAUAGCUUCUGGUAACAGCCAUUGCUGGUAACAUCAGAAAAGCAUUAAUAAUCAAAUAGGCAGGGUAGUGGUGACAAUAUUCCCAAACCUAGCAUUAUCAGUCUACAGGUAACAUAUUCUUCAGCACUGGCCAAUGACAAACAGCCAAUGUGGACAACAACAGGGUUGGAAGAGCAUGAGAGGGUCUGGCCUAGAUGUAGCCUUUUUGUUCUGUUGGUGGGGAAAAUAACAACUAAGGGUGAAAUUCAACUUUGCACUCUUCCAUUAUUCGAUCUGCACAAGCAUUUCAGCUUGCCAGGUGGAAUGGCUCCUAUGUGCUAUAGUGGGGGGUUCUCCUAACCCCCCUCCCGAGCCAAUUUUGUGGGUGUAUGGGGAGAUGCGGGAAACCCCCAAAGUGCAAACAGAAGUUCUUACACAGGGCUUCUGCUGACAGGGCUGGUUAGGUGAAUCCCACCCUAAUUUUUUCAAAUAUUCCAAUACAGCUGAUUCCAAAUAAAAGGUUUAUAAUUUCUCAUCAGUUUUUCAUUGCACAGAAUAAAUAUCCAGGUCAAUAGCAAUUUUUAAAGACGGGAGCACUAGCUAGAGAAAGUUGGGUGCACUUAGCAUUAAUUGCAAUCAGUGGAACUGAAUGGCCCUGGUAAAUUUUACUAUCCCACUGAUUUCAACAGAAAUUAAGGUGUGCAUGCUUUCUCUGAAUUUCCACACACUGAUAUAAUCCAGCAAAGGUGAUCCAUGCUUGGAAGCAAAGUUCUAUGCAAGAAUCACCAUUUUGGAUCUGAUCCGUCAAAGACAAGAAAGGUACUGGCCCUCACAUUAGGUUUUCGUUGCCUCAGGCAGCUGGCAUUAGGUGUCACAGAAGGGCAGCAAAUUCUUUCUUAUUUAAUGUAUGGUUAUUGUAAUUUUACUUUGUGGGAUUUUCUGCCUCAGGUAGCAGAUUAAGUUGGCUAGCCUUGGGUACUGUGUACCUUGACUGCGGUAUAAUGGUGGCACCAUUUGCUGUUCCACCAGGCAGCAAAAUGUCUUGGGCCAGACCUUGUGCUUCCGGGGUGGUGUGUGUGUGUGUGUGUGUGUGUGUGUGUGUGUGUGUGUGGUAUCCAGCACUCAGUUGCUCAUGCACGAGUAGAUGAUCAGUGUGACCAGACUUGAAAACACUGAUUACUUGUCUAGUGGUUACUGGCCAAAUUCAGUUGCCAUCAAAGUGAGUGUAUUGGGAUCAAGAAAAUCAACCACAUUGUCAUCCAUGUUUAUGCUUAUUGAUUUCAAUGGGACCUAACUAUUACAUAGAUUGCGGCCGAGCUUCUUGCUUAAAGAGUGUUUUUUUAAUGCUUUUCACCUCACAUUUAGCACCUCAAACAAUGCUGUUUCUUUCAAGUAAUAAUUUGGAAUAGUUUUGCUUUUUGACUUGAAACAAUAUUGCCUCAAGUGGCCGAAGUGUCCAUAAAUUGCCAUUGUACAUUUUUGUUCAGCUAGACUGAGAACAAAGCUCAGCAACUGAACAACAAUAACACCCUUUACUUCAACCUUAAUGUUCUGAUUCACUGAUCUAAACUUUCCAAGCGUGUAUAUAACUUUGCAGGGAAAUUUUGUUCAGUGAUAGACUAAUUUGUUCUUGCUCCUUGCCACACCUUGUGUCUUAAUUUUCUCUGUAUGUGCCACAUGCAACAGGAGCAUCAAUCUAAUAAAAUGACUUUUUUGAA